UUCUUCUGCACUAAAGACCGUCCAGAAUGGCCCGUACCAAGCAGACUGCUCGUAAAUCCACUGGUGGGAAAGCCCCCCGGAAACAACUGGCCACUAAAGCAGCCAGGAAAAGUGCGCCUUCCACUGGGGGAGUGAAGAAACCUCAUCGUUACAGGCCUGGCACUGUGGCCCUUCGAGAGAUCCGGCGGUACCAGAAAUCCACCGAGCUGCUGAUUCGCAAGCUCCCUUUCCAGCGUCUGGUCCGUGAAAUCGCUCAGGACUUCAAGACGGAUCUGCGGUUCCAGAGUGCGGCCAUCGGAGCCCUGCAGGAAGCCAGUGAGGCUUAUCUCGUGGGUCUCUUUGAAGACACCAACUUGUGUGCAAUCCACGCCAAAAGAGUCACCAUCAUGCCAAAAGACAUCCAGCUGGCGCGUCGUAUCCGCGGCGAGCGGGCUUAACUCACUGGCGGCUGAUAUCUGCUCUCACAGUGUAUUAGAGUAGACUCUAGGUUUGUGUUUUUUCCUACUCCUGUUUGUAGUGGCUAGGACACGGGGAGAUGUUAUAAACCUAUCUUGGCAAGAUGUAAGCCAUCAGGAGAGUUGAAUCCGUUUGUUCAUAAUGUACAAGCAAAAAAAAAUUUGAGAAAUUUACAAGACUUGGAUUUUUUUUGUUUUGUUUUUGUAAACUUUUUUUUCAGAAUUGCAAAAAAAAAAUAUAUAAAACAAGGGGGAAACAUUUUUGAAAUGUCUGGUUUUAUACACAAAACUAAAGUAGAUUUAGGCAUAACCUAAGGAGCUUUUGGUCUUCGGUUUGUAAAAAUAUAUCUGCAAAAGAUCACGCUACACUAUAUUUUUCAUUAUUUGAUUUCUUUUUUUCCUUUAUAUCUAGAAUGGGCAUGAUAUUUAAACUUGUUUUCUUAUUUCCAUCUGUCUCGUGAAAUGUGACUUGGACCUUUGUAACUUUCAGGUUUCUUCACCCUGUGGUGGGAACAAAAAAAAAAUAAAUGCUGAACAAUAA